UUGGAAAAGCAAAAAUGGGAAGCAACAAAGACUGUAGCACAGAGGACGAUAAAAAGCAAUAACAACACCCCUGUCCGCUAUGCAGGUUGUUUGGCACAUGGAAAAAGUCGUCUCGUGUUCAUCGUGAGCAUCUAUAUCAAAAGCCAAAGCCCCUCUUGAGAAGCUCCGAGUGUUGUCCGUUGCAGUCCAGCAUUGUCAAUUAGUUCCACCUGGCCCUUUCCAAGGGAAGCUGUGACUCCAUACCAUCCGUACGCCAAGCUUGAUGUUUGGCCAGUCACAAAUUGGCCUCCUAUGCCAAUUCUGCAAUCACUCAAAUCGUAGCUGGAUGUGGUGGACAAGACCGUUUCUGGUGUCUCGAGUUUUUGCGUUUGUUGAUGAUCAAAAUCCUUGCCUUUCCGAGCCUCGUCUUGCGAAGGGACGGAGGCGGAAUCUUCCGCACGUCCGAGCUCGUCCGUUGCAUGUGGACACCAAUGUUGCUCUUAGUGCGACCACAAUCAAGAUCUUGUGCUCCGAAAGUGAGCGCAUCUUUUCAAUGACUGCGCCACUUCGGCUAAAGCAACCGAGCAAGACAGCUGUGGAGAUGUUCGUAGAGUGCCACACCGAGUCACAUGUGGUUGCCAUGCAGGUGGUCUCUGACAGCUUCUCCUUAGGCCCAACCCCAAGCCACAUUGAUAGACCUGAGUCAUGUAUGGGCUUGCUUAAGCCACCCCAGCUGAGCGGUUGCCGGUGGAGGUUGGGACAAACGACAGAGUUGACGACACAGACGAACCGUUUGGCGGGAUCUUUGCCGAGCUCUGUUGAGGCUUAUUUCGCCCUCUGCCUCACAACCUCUGGUAAAUCUGUCCCUGUAAUUGGCGAUGUCUUGUCAUCAAUCCAGUGCUUCUGACAGCUCCAUGCCUUCGGUAAAUACCAGAUCCCCACUGGACCCAAGCAACUCCCGACUUGCUUCUUCGAGAAUGAUUCCAAAUGCCAACAUGGCUGUUUCGUCCAUGCUGCAUUCGUCGAGGGGUGCCUUCCU